CAAAACGCAUAAUUGUAUAGUUAUGUCGUCGCCUUGCGGGUUUGGAUUUUCAUCCUUGCCAGAACCGGCGUCGCCGUCCACUAUUGAAACUCUUCGAGAGAGAGAAAUAGAAGGCAGUUCGCCUAUCGGUAUUGGAUUCAGCAGUGACCAUGAGAACACGAGGAGUCCGCAAAGUUUGACGAGCUCUCCUGGGGAUUGUACGACUCCUGUUCACUCACAGUUAUCUAGCCUGUACUCUUCGCCUGUUGGAAUUGGAUUUAGCAGCAGUGACAACGAAAACACACUAAGUCCGCUAAACGUCGCCAACACUCCUCGUAUUUUUAUGACUUCUCCACUGUCUCUGCGAUCCUACUCAACACUCGAAGGAAACUCAUCGCCUGCUAGCCCAUCACCAGACAACAGCCCUUCUAAAUCCCAAUCGCCUGUUAAACGUAGGAGAAUGCUCCAUUGUGACACCCCGUCUACAUGCGCACAAGAAAGCAGCGGACAACGAAAAACAAAGCGAAGUUUAAACUACGAGGGUGAUUCUGAAGGUAAGAACCAUUUUAGACUUUAGUUGUUACUUGUUCACUAUUAAAU